AUGGCAUUUACAUACACAAAAUUAGCACUCCUAUCAAUCAUAAGCUUCAUCUCAAUUUUCCCUCAAACAUAUACUUCUCAUGACAUUGAAAGCAGCUUCCUUCAAUGUUUUUCACCAGGUUUAAAAAAUUCAAACUCAACUACAAAAGUAAUAAUCACUCAAAACAGUUCAUCUUAUGCACCCCUUUUACAAUCAUCAAUAAGAAACCAAAGAUUCUUAGAAAAUUCGGUUCCAAAACCUAACCUCAUUGUUUUUCCAAAUGACCUAUUUCAAAUCCAAACAACAAUAAUUUGUUCAAAAAAACAAGGCCUGGAAAUAAGAAUUAGGAGUGGUGGACAUGACUAUGAAGGUCUUUCUUAUGUCUCUAAUGUUCCAUUCCUAAUCAUUGAUCUCACAAACCUUAGGUCAAUAACCAUUGACAUCAAAGAAGAAAAUGCAUGGGUUCAAGCAGGUGCUACUCUUGGAGAACUCUACUAUGCAAUUGCAAAUAAAAGUAACGUUCAUGGAUUUCCAGCUGGUAGUUGUCCUACUGUUGGUGUAGGAGGUCACUUCAGUGGAGGUGGAUUUGGUACAUUAUUUAGAAAAUAUGGUCUUGCAGCUGAUAAUGUAAUUGAUGCUCAAAUGGUAGAUGUUAAUGGAAAGAUCCUAAAUAGAAAAUUGAUGGGUGAGGAUCUAUUUUGGGCUAUAAGAGGAGGUGGAGGGUCAAGCUUUGGAGUGAUUACUGCAUGGAAAGUCAAGCUUGUACAAGUUCCUUCAAUAGUGACAGUUUUCAAUAUUCCAAAGAGUUUAGGUGAAAAUGCUACUACCCUUUUCAUGAAAUGGCAAAUUAUAGCAAACAAGCUUCCUAGUGAACUUUUUCUGCACUCAGUUAUAGGACUAGCUGCUAAUUCAUCUUCUGAUGGUGGAAAAACUGUACUUGCUUCUUUCACAGGACUAUAUCUUGGGAAAUCUGACAACUUGCUUCCUUCGAUGCAAAACAACUUUGAAGAAUUAGGUUUGCAACAUGAUAAUUGCACUGAGAUGAGUUGGAUUCAAUCUGUUCUUUAUUUUGCAGGCUAUUCCAUCCAUGGUUCGUUGGAAGUGUUACUUCAAAGAAACACAACACUUUCAAGUUUCAAAGCUAAAUCAGACUAUGUAACAGAUCCAAUUCCUAUGUCAGGUUUGGAAGGGUUGUGGAACAUGUUACUUGAAGAGAACAAACCAACUUUGAUUAUGACACCAUAUGGAGGGAGAAUGGGUGAGAUUUCAGAAUCAGAAACUCCAUUUCCGCAUAGAAAUGGGAUCAUUUAUGGUAUCCAAUAUUUGAUAAAUUGGGAUUCAAAUGAAGAAACACCAAAGCAUAUGGAUUGGAUGAGAAGGUUAUAUGCAUACAUGACACCUUAUGUUUCAAAGUGCCCAAGAGUAGCAUAUUUGAACUAUAGGGACCUUGAUAUAGGAGUGAACAGUGGCAAUGCAAGUUAUGAAGAAGCAAAAUCUUGGGGCAUGAAAUAUUUCAAGUCUAAUUUUGAAAGAUUAACACUUGUAAAAGAAGAAGUUGAUCCUAACAAUUUCUUUAGGCAUGAGCAGAGCAUUCCACCUUUGUCUUAUUGA